GCUCAUACACACCCAAAAGCAGCUCACGGUCAGCGUGAUUAGUUGUAAAAAAUCUUUAUUCGCGGCAUUGACACUGUUAAUGGGCUUUCGAUUUACAUAUACUUAAGAGUGGUACUGCUCCAGGGACAUCUUGACACCCACCAAACCCAAGCGGAUAGCGGAAAUGGUCAUAUAAUAAUAUAAUAUAUACGCGAAUAUAUUAUAGCUCUACAAUGAUCCAUAAUAUAGACGGGAAAUAAGUUUAUGCACUCUUCAUAUCGUUCACCAAUAAAAGUGCAAAAAUGUUUAUAAAUUAAUUCUGUAUAGUUUCACAAAUUUGUGUUUCAAAAAUGAGUUACUUAUCGUUGCCCCGAGUGCUGUCCAAUAUGACCUCACGAAAUUCAACCGAUAAAAGUUCAAAUUAUUUAAGUUUAAAUCGAACAGCGGGUCAUGAGACGCGCCCCAUCCAAAAAGUGUGUUCCACUCUGUCCUUAAAUGAAACGGCAGAGCGACGCAAGCGGAUUCUAAACAGAAAUGGAAGUAUAUCCAAUCAGUAUUUCCGCGGUGUGCACAAGCAUUUAUUAGAGUCUCACGCAAAAGAAGUUUGUCAUUCUAUGACUAUUGACGACUUAUACGAGGAGAUCCUAUUCGAAAUUUACAAUAAUAUUGGUUGUGAGAGUAGUGAUGCCUGUAGAGAAAGCCUGGUCGAGUUUGCAAAGGAGGUAUUCAAAAUUCCCAAUGCAACCCAUUUGGAAAUUUCUGAAAUUGCAAAGAAGAAGGAACCACCUAAUUUAAGGCUUAAUGUUGAAGUCAUUAAAGCAGAGAAUUUACUGCCAAUGGAUUCAAAUGGAUUAUCUGAUCCGUUCGUAACAUUGUACUUGGAAUCAAACAUCUCUCAUCGUUAUAACUCAUCCGUAAAAUCGUCUACCUUGAAUCCAAUAUGGGAGGAGCAUUUCUCUUUACCUAUUACUGAAGGUCCUCGUGAUGAAGUUCUCAUUAUUGAAGUUUGGGACUUUGAUGCUGCGGAAACUGUCAAAGACAAGGUCAAUAAACUCCUGGAUGUAAAAGGCGUACGCGGGCUAAGCAAGCUUAUGAAAGAAAUUGCCGUCACCGCCUCGUCUGGAAAGCACGACAAUGAAUUAAUUGGACGUGCAAUGAUUUCACUUAAGUCUAUUCCAGUUUCUGGACUUACCGUUUGGUAUAAUCUGGAAAAAGGGAGUAAAACGAAAAGCCGCGGAUCGGUGUUAGUCAACAUUGCUCUCAGUGCCGAAAAAAAUAAGAAUGUUGCAAGUCAAGAACAUAAACACCUUUUGAAAUUGCUACUGGUACACGAGCUGGAUUCGUCUCAGGUGGCCAAGUAUUGGUGGAGCGGAAAAUUUGGUGCGAUGGCUGAAGCUAUUAGAACGCAACACGCCGUGCAGAGUGGCCUUUCGCCCUUUGAUUGCGCCCUUAGCCAAUGGCAUGCGUACAGCACUGUGCAUGAAACUCAUAAACUUAAUUUCGUCCUCUUCAAUUCAAUACUCGAUGUUCUGGUUCCAGUAAUCAACUUUUUGCAAAACGAUUCUGAGGAUGUGAAAACAUUCUGGGAGGGUGCUAAGCGACUAUUACCGUCUUGUUUUGCAAUCCUAAGACAUUUACGCUCCAAGAACGUCAGUGAUAAUAAAAUUCUAAAGACUCUCAGUGAAGUAUUAGACAUUCUGUCGAAACUCAAAACAUUUGAGGUGCCAGCUACAAUAGACAUAUUUCCUAAAACAGUCUAUGGUUGGAUAGAAACCGAAGACUCUGAGAAAUCCAACACUAUCGAUAACGUUAUUGUUGCCGCUAUUAAUAGCGGAGCUAAAGAAUGGAUGGAGCAAAUUAAGGAAGUCGGCAGUCAAACGAAAGAUCAUGAUUCCGACGAAGAAAAAUUGCAGAGUGUAAUCAAAAUAAUACAAAUGGUUCGUUCAGAUCUACAACGUGCAAUGGAAUACUUUGAUAAAUUGUUCUACCACAAAAUUCGAGUUAACUAUUCCACUACACUAUUUCUGUUUUACGAUUCAAAGCUGAUGGAAAUCUGCAAAGCUAUUGUAAAACAAGUGUGUUCCAACAUAAAAAUGUUAGAUGUUCCUGAUGAUCAGUUUGAAUAUUUGCCGAAUAUUGAUAAUGUUAAUAUGGGAACAACGUUAUUUGAAGUUUAUUUGGUACUUAAACGAUAUAAUACUCUAGGACAAUCGCUCUGUCCCAACUGUACACUGGAGAUGACUGAAUUUUAUCAAUGGUUUGAGAGAGGAGUAACUCAUUGGCUUGAUAUUUCAAUUAUUAAGGCGCUAAAUCGCAUUCAGAAAGCUAUUGAUUUAGACCAACUCCACGCUGUCGAUGAAACUGUUAAGUAUAGUUCAUCUGCGGUAGACACCUUGGCGAUUUUCUACCAGAUUAAAAUAUUUUGGCAACAACUGGAUUGGCCAGAGAUAGAAGGGUCAUAUACCUUUGUAGCCAAAAUUGUUAAUGAUAUAUGCCGAUGCUGUGUUUUCUAUGCACAGCGCAUGUCUCGCCGAGUGGAAACUAUAACUAAAAUGGAGGAGGAUGGAGUUAUGUUUAAUUUAUCAGAGGAAUGGUGUUUGGCUAUUAAUAAUAUGGACUACAUCCGUCAAAGUUUACCCUCAUUUAUAAAGGAGCUGGGUACAGAUGUUGUGAUACGACGCUUAGGAGACUACAGAACCAAUCUAGAAGCCGAGCGAUGUGCCGAUACUAUUAAAGCUGUUAUUGAUAACGCCCUUGAUACACAGCGUAAUCAAAUUGUUGAGCUCAUCGAAAACGUUGCCUACAGGAUGUCUCCGUCCAUUAAGCGAUUUUUAACAGAAGGAGCUGAAGUACUCCAUAAGGACUCAAAUUCCAUGGAAAGACUGAUGAUGUACUUGGAAGGAUCAUUGGGAACCCUUUAUAAUACUCUCAAUGAAGUCAACUUUGAAAGAGUUUUGGAUAGUAUUUGGGGAGAGCUGUCAAUAAUAAUCUAUGAUCUUAUACAAUCUAAUCUUGAUAAACGCCGUCCCCCCGCAUUCUUUCAAAACUUAAGGGAUACCCUUCGCACUAUGAUAUCUUGCUUUAAAAUUGGCGAUACAAAAACUUCCGAUGUUAAAAUUUUAUCGGAAAUCGAAAGCACACUCGAGCUACAUGCACUUGAAACUGCCGAUCUUAUUCAUCAAUACUACUUAGAACGAUUUAGAUAUCAGAAAGAGCAAGCGACAUCACGUUUUGGACAGCUCACAAUAAGCGCACAAUUUACAGAUUCUGGAUUAUUCCUAAAUAUAUUAAAUGCUCGAAAUUUGGUAUCUAUGGAUAAGAAUGGAUUAUGUGAUUCGUUCGUCAAAGUCUUCAUGAUGCCCAGUGCAAGAUUUAAUGGAUUUACACCAGUAAAAACUGCCGUUCAUAAUAAAAAUUGUUUUCCACUUUAUGAUGAACAAUUUCGCAUUCAUUUGAAUGCAGAACAACGCCAGAUGGAAGACAGCCUGAUUUUAUUUUGUAUUAAGGAUAAAGAUUUAUUUGGAAUGACAAGUCAAUAUAUAGCCGAAUGCUAUAUAACGUUUGCAGAUCUUAGCGCAUCUGAAGGCGAGCAGAUUCUUAUCAAUCUAUGUCGACCAGAGUAUACAGAUUCGCUCUCAAUACGAGCUCUGGAGUACAGACAAGGUGAUAAGCAGGCAAAGGAAUUCCUAAAAAAAUUAAAGAACAAAUCAUAUUCUUAA